AUGAAGCCAUUUUCAAUUGGAUUGCAAAUAUUUUUGCUUUUACCUUGCUUGAUUUUUGGAAGAACAACUGUGAAUUUUCCCAAUCUAUCAGAUGAUGAUGGACUUUUAAAAUUUCCUGAUGAUUUGAUGAUUGGUGUUUCAACUUCUGCCUAUCAAACCGAAGGAGCAUGGGAUAUUGACGGUAAAUCACCAAGUAAUUGGGAUGAGUACACACAUGUAAAGAAUUUUACACCCAAUGCUGAUAUUGCUUGUGACUCCUAUCACAAAUACAAAGAAGACAUCAAGCUCGCUGCAAAUGCAAAUUUUAAAUUUUUUCGGAUGUCAUUGAGCUGGUCAAGAAUAUUACCAACUGGUUCACUUGAAAAUAUAAAUUAUGACGCAAUAAACCAUUAUAAAAAAGUUUUAAAUGAGGUCAAAAAACAAGGAAUGAUACCAUUUGUCACACUCUAUCACUGGGAUCAUCCAGCAAUAUUUGAUAAAUUUGGAGCACAAGUUGUAUUUAAAAAUUUUGCUAGUAUAGUUAAAUUUUGGACAACAAUUAAUGAACCAAUUGCAUAUUGUUAUUAUGAACAUGGAAAAGGUUUUUUGCCACCUGGUGAUACAUUUGAGGGAAGAGGACCUUAUAUUUGUGGACAGAAUAUGCUCAUAGCUCAUGCUCAAGUUUAUCACUUAUUUAAAAAAAAAUAUAAUAAUUAUAAUCCAAACAGUCAAAUUGGUAUUGUCAAUGCUUGCUGGAAUUUUUAUCCAGCAAAUUCAAGUGAAUCAGAAAGUGCUGUUAUUGCAUUUCAAUAUAACUGUGGAUGGUUAUCAAAUCCAAUAUUUUCAAAAAAAGGUGAUUAUCCAGACAUCAUGAAACAAAGAAUCAAGGAAAAUAGUUAUUUAGAAGGUUUAUCAACGUCAAGACUACCUGAAUUAUCUAAAUCAAUGAUUAAAUUAAUAAAAGGUACAUCUGAUUAUUUUGGUCUCAAUUAUUAUACAUCAAGAAUGACUAAUAAUGUUAAAAAAAGUCAAUCCGAAAAAUGGUUUGAUGACUCAGGUGUUGAUAUGACAAUAAAUAACGAGUGGCCAAUGGACGUAGCAGCUUGGUUACCAAUUGUUCCUGAAGGUCUCGGAGAUAUGCUGAGAAUUAUUAAAAAUAAAUACAAAAAUCCACCAGUUUAUAUAUUGGAAAAUGGCAUUGCAUCAGAUGGAAAUCGUUAUGAUUUGGAAAGAACAAAGUAUUUUUAUUCACAUAUGAAAGAAAUGCUUAUUGCCAAGAAUCGUGAUGAUUGUAAUGUCAAGGCAUAUGUUGUUUGGAGUUUGUUAGAUAGUUUCGAAUGGGUAGCUAGAUACAGUCAACCAUUUGGUAUUGUUCAUGUUGAUCACAAUAGUCCUCACCGUACAAGAACACCAAAAACCUCAUAUUAUUGGCUGAAAGAUAUGAUUCAUCAAAGAGCACUACCAAGUACCUUUAUUACACCAUUACACCCACCCAAGAUAAUAUAUUGGAAUGGAACUGAAAUUUGA